GUCCCCAACACCCUCUUUAUUCUGCAAUAAAAUUACUCCUUUCCCAAACUAAAUCCUCGAUCUCCAUUCAUCGCCCACUUCGAUCCUCUAUUCUAUAUUGGUCUUUUUUCUGACUCGUUGGAAUCGGAUCCAGUUGGCACAACACAAAUGGGUAUUUGCAGUUCGUCCUGCUCGACGGACGUCGCCACGGCCAAGCUCAUCUUACAAGACGGUCGGCUACAAGAAUUCUCGUAUCCAGUUAAAGUUGCUUACGUUCUGCAAAAGAACCCCACGUGCUUCAUCGCAAACUCCGACGAGAUGGACUUCGACGACUUCGUAUCCGCGGUGAACGAAGACGAAGAGCUUCAACUUGGUCAGCUUUAUUUUGCUUUGCCGUUGAGUAAGCUGAAGCAACCACUCCAGCCCGAGGAAAUGGCUGCAUUGGCGGUCAAAGCUAGCUCCGCGUUGAUGAAGGCAAGUGGCGGUGAGAAAUUUGGGUGGGGCGGGAAACCGGUUUCUCCGAUGGUUUUCCCCGGCGACGAGCUGAUGUCUCCGAGAAGAGCAGUUUCCGGUGGCGAUGCCCGUGGUGGGUUGAGGAGGGGAAGGAAUGGUGGACGGGAAAGAAAGUUUACGUCAAUGUUGAGAGCAAUACCCGAAUAGAGGGGUACUUUGGGAAAUGAGGGGGUUGGCUGUGUAAAUACCGUAAUCCUUUGGGGUUAAAUUGUUUCAAUUUUGUAGCGUUUCAAGUCGUAGAGCUGUUUUCCGUGGAUGCGAUGAUGUGAUUAGUGGCUAGCACUGUACCCCGUUGAACGUUUUUGUUUACUUUACUGCCUGUCCCCCACUGAAGGGUCAUGUUACAAUUUUACCCUUAC